GUCAUUCAGUGGCUGGAUGGCGUGGGACAGGUGUAACCAGGACUCGGUGUGGAGAGAAUUAGAGUGUGCUGCCUUGGUUGGCGAAGACCAGCCCCUCUGCCCAGACCUCCCUGAACUCGACCUCUCAGAGCUGGAUGUGAGCGACUUAGAUGCAGACAGCUUCCUGGGGGGCCUAAAAUGGUACAGUGACCAAUCAGAGAUCAUUUCCGCUCAGUAUGGCAACGAGGCAUCCAAUCUCUUUGAGAAGAUAGAUGAAGAAAAUGAGGCCAACUUGCUGGCAGUGCUUACAGAGACCCUGGACAGCAUCCCGGUGGAUGAGGACGGAUUGCCUUCGUUUGAGGCCCUGGCAGAUGGGGACGUGACCAAUGCCAGUGACCGGAGCUGUCCCUCCUCCCCUGACGGCUCGCCGCGCACCCCAGAGCCUGAGGAGCCUUCCCUGCUGAAGAAGCUCCUUCUGGCACCCGCAAACUCCCAGCUCAGCUAUAAUCAAUACACAGGUGGCAAGGCACAGAACCAUGCAGCCAGCAGCAACCACCGGAUCAGACCACCACCUGCCGUCGUCAAGACGGAGAGCCCCUGGAAUGGCAAAGCGAGAGGGGGCUCCAGCCAACAGAACCGCCCCGUGAGGCGGCCUUGCACUGAGCUGCUGAAAUACCUAACGGCCACUGAUGACAUCCUGCUCCACACCAAAGCCAGUGAAGCCAAGAGCACCUGGGGGGGUGCCAGUAGCAGGGACAAGAGUGGCUUGGGUCUUGGCGCGUCUUCCUCCUCCUCUUCGCCGUCCUCGUCGUCCACCUCCUCGUUCUCCUCCCUCUCCUCCACCUCGUCUUCCUCUUCCUCCACCGCCUCCAAGAAGAAGUCAGCUGUACCAUCUCAACAGCAGCAGCAGCAGCAGCAGCCGCCGCAGCAGCAUCACCAGCGAGGUGAGAGCCGGGCUGCAGGCGAGUGUAGUGUGGCUGGUGUUGGGGCUGGGAAGUGGCAGCGUUGCAGUCACGAUGACGGGUUUGAGGAGUCGGAGGGUGCUUCUAUCCCUGUCGGCCACAGAACCUCCACCUGCGGCCAUGCCCGCCCCAAACUGGAGCACGGGCCGCCCAGUGAAGAAGGAAGGCCGCCAGGCGAUGUGGGCCGCCUGGCCGCCGCUAGGUUUAUUAGGUAUAUGCAUUCUUAUUCCCUCCCUCCCCGAGAGGUGAGUCACAGCUGUGAGCAUUGCCGAGAGGCUGCGGGCGCCACUCAGGCUAGUGAGGGCUUUGGCAGGCAAGGCCGUAGUAACAGUAACGGUGCCAGCCGUGCACCGCAUAGGCACAUCACAGUGACUAUUAAGAAAAGAGACGAGAAGCUGGGGCACCCCUUACUUAGCCAGCUGCUCACCUCCAAACCGAGGCCCGCUCGCUAUCGAGCCCACUUACUCCCACCCAAGAUCACCCCUUUACACAGCACUUUGAGCAAAUCAGCAGGUAAGAGGUCUGAGCGCCCAGCCCAGGCUGUUUCUGAGGUGGAGGAGGAAGAGUUGGGAGGGACCACUGAUUGUAAAAACCGGGCAGAGAGUCAGGUUGAAGAGUCUGACUCAGGACCCCUGUUGUCACCUCUCGCCUUCGACCUAGAGAGCUGGGUUAGCCAGCCAGACUCGGGGCUAGACUUGGGCUUUGGACUAGAGCUGGGGUGGCUAAACCAUGGGGAGGAUGUUGACCAUGAUGAUGAUGAUGAUGGUGUUGAUGAUGAUGAUGAUGAUGACCGUGUCACGGGCAGCCCUGCAGCGGUGCUCUCACAAGGCCCACCAAGCCCACUCUUCCCAGAUACUAGAAUUGCAGAGCCCGCCCCUCCCUGCAUCAUACAAGGGCAAGGGUACCCACACAGGCAGGCACUCAGCGAGCACCCCGACGACCAGGGCCACCCGUUGUUAGCCAAACCAACCACCUUGCCACUUCCUUUGACCCCAGAGUCUCCAAAUGACCACAAGGGAUCACCAUUUGAGAACAAAACCAUUGAACGCACAUUAAGUGUGGAGAUUGCUGGAACCCCAGGUCUGACACCACCUACCACGCCCCCACACAAAGCCAGUCAAGAGAAUCCUUUCAAAGCAUCGCUCAAAACCAAGUUGUCUUCAUGUUCCUCCUCAGCCUUGGCAUGCAAAAGAGCCAGGCUGAGCGAGUUGGGCCCCGGCGCUCUGGCCCCGGCCCCAGGUGCCUCAGGCGGGGGCCCCACAAGGAAGGGUCCCGAACAGACUGAGCUUUAUGCCCAGCUGAGCAAAGCGUCCACCGCCCUCCCUUACUCCGUCACCCAACACACAGUGGGGGGUGGCCUUGAGGAGCAUCGCAGCACUAGCAACAAUAAGCGGGCGGCGCCCCGUGGCUACAGCGACCAUGACUAUUGCCAGGCUAGCGCUAAGAAGGACGGCGGCACAGCCACUGUUACCAUGACUACAGCAGCGAUGACGGCUACCUCAGGUGCCGCUGCUGCUCCCCUGCCUACUGCAGGCAAACAGGAGGACAGGCAUGUCGAAUGUAAGGACUCAGCCAUGCCACCGUCCUCUUCAUCAUCUUCAUCUUCUUGUUCUCCAUUAUCAGCUUCAUCUGGUCUUUUGGCUAAGCAGCAGAAUUUUGCCCCUGUGGAUGGAGAAGCAGCCCAGGUCCAGGGGUUGGGGAAGCAGACCCUCACGCAAACCACCCAGAUCCCAUUACAAGAGGCCACUACCGACGGGGACCAACAGCACCCUUCUGCCACCUGCCGGAAGCUCCUGUGCGACAAGGAGAUCAGAGCAGAACUCAACAAGCACUUUGGCCACCCCUUACAAGCCCUUUAUAGCCAGGGUGGCCAGGAGAGAGAACCAGGCAGCAAACCAGAUAAGGCUGCAGCCACUCAGUCCCUUGAGGCGGGAGAGGACAGCUACUACUACUACUACUCCCAGAGGCUGCCUGGCUCCAGCUACCUGCACCCAGGGUUCCUGCCCUUCCACGAAGAGCUCGAGCUGGGUGAGGGCCGCGAGAGUCGCUUCCUCUACCCGUGGGAGGGCACCCCUCUGGACCUACUCUUUUACUGCCCCCCAUGCUCUCCCUCCUGUUCCCCACCAUCCAGCUGCUCCCCUUCACGAGGCUCCGUCUCCCCACCUUCCUCCCUCCUCCUCUCGCCCAGCAGGCCUUUCUGCUGGACCAGCAGCGGGUCCCGCUCCCGUUCUCGCUCCCACUCCGGCUCCCGCAGCUCCUCCUCGCACUACCGGAGGCGCUCCCUCUCCAGCUCACCUGACAGGCGCCCCUCCUCCUGGUCUCGUCACAACACAGAUUCAAGCACUAUUCGUUCCAGGACUCACAAGAGCCCCCACCCUCAGUCUCGAUCUCCUCUCAGCCGCAGGCCAAGGUAUGACAGCUACGAGGAGUACCAGCACGAGAGGCUGAAGAGGGAGGAGUACCGCCGGGACUACGAGAAGCGGGAGUUCGAAAGGGCCGAGCAGAGAGAGAGGCAAAGGCAAAAGGCAAUAGAGGAGAGACGGGUGGUGUACGUGGGGCGACUGAGGUCCGACUGCACCCGGACAGAGUUGAAGCGCCGCUUUGAAGUCUUUGGCGAAAUUGAAGAAUGUGCAGUGAACCUGAGGGACGAUGGGGACAAUUUUGGCUUCAUCACGUACCGCUACACUUGUGACGCCUUUGCCGCCCUUGAGAACGGACACACCUUACGCAGGUCAAACGAGCCUCAGUUCGAGCUGUGCUUUGGCGGGCAAAAGCAGUUCUGCAAAUCACAUUACACAGACUUGGACUCCCAUUCGGACGACUUUGAUCCAGCCUCCACAAAAAGCAAGUAUGACUCCAUGGAUUUUGACAGCUUGCUGAGGGAGGCCCAGCGCAGCCUGAGAAGGUAACCAGUUCAGUGGCACCUGCUGUUUGUCACAAAGAGGGACUUCUGAUACCUCACUGUUGUUUCUCGCUCCUUUGAUGACGAGACUACCAGAAGUUUUACACUCUAUGUCAUAGAGUAUAUAAGAAUAAGUCUAUAGACCUAUAUCAAUAUAAAUGAAUAUAUCAAAAAUAAAGUUUACAUGAACAUAGCUGCUGAAGAGCUGGGAAGAGACAAUGCAUUCUGGGAAAGCCAGUGAACCCUCAGAACCCGGUGCACCGGUUUGGUGCGCCCUACUGCUGUACAACCACCGGUGAAAGAAGAAAAGAAAAACUUUGAUUUUCUCCAAGCACUACAAUGCCCACAAUUCUUUGGGAGUGAAAACAUGCAGCUUGUUCAGCCAGAUUUGUUUUCUUUUGCUGUUGAUUUUCCUUUCUUUUUGUUUUCCCUUCAAAUCUGGUGUUUGGAUCUAGUGUUACAUUACACGCAAGAGUAUAGGGAAUUGUAUCUUGGAGGUAAAAUUCUCAAGGUAACAUUGUUGUCUACAUUUUAAGGAGAAAUGUAGCCGUGUAUUUACAAAUACUAUAAAAAGGAAUAUUUUUAUUUUAUGUACAUAUCGGAUAAAGUUCUUUAUUUGUUACAGCUAUGCACUGUAAAAUGCAGCCUUUUUUAAAGAUGAGGAGAAAAUUUCUUAAUUCAGAAUGUCGAUCUGUAGUAAUUACAAUACUGUAAAACAUAUUGUACACCUACAUGAUGUUUAGAAGACAUGAUAUGAUUGUAAAAAAAAAAAGAAAAAAAAAGAGGUGUCCGAUUGCUCAUUUUGAG